AUGUCGUUCGGCGGUCAAACACCGACGAUUGUGGUGUUGCGGGAGGGUACCGAUCAGUCACAGGGCCGCGGUCAGGUAAUAUCAAACAUCAACGCUUGCCUUGCUGUACAGGCCACGAUCAAGGGAACACUCGGACCAUAUGGCGGUGAUCUACUCAUGGUCGAUGAGAAUGGCAGGCAGACAAUCACCAACGAUGGUGCCACGGUCAUGAAGCUCCUUGAUAUCGUCCACCCCGCCGCCCGCGUUCUCACCGACAUCGCACGAUCGCAAGAUGCCGAAGUGGGCGAUGGUACCACUUCCGUCGUGGUUAUUGCAGGAGAGAUACUGAAGGAGAUCAAGGACUUUGUCGAGCAGGGAGUCAGUAGCCAGACUAUCAUGAAAGGCCUCCGGAGAGCUUCGCAUCUUGCUGUCAACAAGAUUAUGGAAAUCGCCGUAGACACUGCCGAGGGCAACCAGCGGGAUACUCUCCAGAAACUUGCCGCGACCGCCAUGAGCAGCAAGCUGAUUCACAGGAAUGCCGACUUCUUCACCAAGAUGGUCGUAGACGCUGUACUCUCGCUCGACCAGGACGAGCUGAACGAGAAGCUCAUCGGAGUAAAGAAGAUUACUGGUGGUGCGCUCCAGGAUUCGCUUUUUGUCAAUGGUGUCGCAUUCAAGAAGACCUUCUCAUACGCCGGUUUCGAGCAACAACCGAAGACUUUCAAGCAGCCGAAGAUCGUGUGCCUGAACGUCGAACUUGAGCUGAAGAGUGAGAAGGACAACGCUGAGGUACGGGUAGAGCAGGUCUCGGAAUAUCAGGCGAUUGUCGAUGCAGAGUGGCAGAUUAUCUACAACAAGAUGGAGGCGCUAUACAAGACGGGUGCCAAGGUUGUCCUGAGCAAGCUUCCUAUUGGAGAUUUGGCGACACAGUACUUCGCGGACCGCGACAUCUUCUGUGCUGGACGCGUAGCGGCAGACGAUCUCGACCGCGUAUGCCGCGCAACAGGCGCGAGCCUUCAAUCCACCUGCUCUGAUAUUCAGAGCAAGCACCUCGGAACCUGCGAAUCGUUUGAGGAGCGACAAAUUGGUGGCGAGCGCUUCAACUUCUUCGAGGGCUGCCCGGAGGCCAAGACUUGCACAUUGGUGCUUCGUGGCGGUGCAGAGCAGUUCAUCGCCGAGGUCGAGCGAAGCUUGCACGAUGCAAUCAUGAUUGUCAAGCGUGCGAUCAAGAACAGGAACAUUGUUGCCGGAGGUGGUGCCGUCGAGAUGGAGAUCUCCUCAUACCUACACAACUACGCCGACAAGAACAUCCCGCAUAAGCAACAACCUAUUAUCAAGGCGUUUGCAAAGGCCCUUGAGGUCAUUCCUAGGCAGCUCUGCGAUAACGCCGGUGUCGACGCGACGGACAUUCUCAACCGACUCCGCGUAGAACACAAGAAGGGCAACAUCUGGGCUGGUGUCGACUUUACAACAGAGAGCAUAGCGAACAACAUGGAGAGGUUCGUCUGGGAGCCUAGUCUGGUCAAGGUCAACGCUCUGCAGGCAGCAACGGAGGCGGCAUGCUUGAUCCUGAGCGUUGACGAGACAAUCAAGAACCAGGAGUCACAGCAACCACAAGCCCCCAACAGGCCACUACCGCCUGGCGCUGCACAGAGGGCGCUGGGUGGAGGAAGGGGACGCGGCCGCGGAAUGCCCAGACGGUAA